AUGCUUAAUUUAGAUCACCAGACAAGUGCUAGUUCUCAGACAUCUGGCUAUAGUUACGCAUUUGAGCCGUCACUGGAGCCCCUGUUGGGCCUAACAAUCGGCCAAUUGAUCCGCGAGUGCGCUCAGGACUCACCCGACCGGACGGCCGUUGUGUGCGCUCAUCAACGGAUCACCAAAACCUAUGCCCAACUCAAUGCUGACGCAAAUAAAUUGGCUAUUGGUCUAAAGGGUUUGGGAUGCGGAAGGGGUGACAGAGUGGGCAUAUGGGCCCCCAAUUGUUAUGAAUGGGUGCUCACACAAUAUGCCACUGCGAAGAUUGGCGCAAUCUUGGUGAAUGUGAAUCCUGGCUAUCGGGCAAAUGAGCUGCAGUACGCGCUGAAUCUGGUCGGCUGUCAUACCCUGAUCUGUAGCCAACAGUUCCGGUCCAGUAAUUACUGCGAAAUCUUGGAUAACAUAUCACCGCAACUCUUGCUGAAGAAUAGUGAUGGCAACACCAUUCAGUGCAAUGAAAUCUCGAGUCUCAAGAAUAUAAUAGUAAUAAACAGCGGCACCGAUGAGCAGGAAAUCGCACCAAAACACAUACCCCGUGUCAAUGACCUGAUGGCCAGCGCGGGUCACACCGACGAGUUGGCCGACGACCCGACCAUACAGUUUGACGACCCGAUUAACAUACAGUUCACUUCGGGUACCACUGGGAAGCCAAAGGGGGCGACACUAACCCACCAUAAUAUUAUACAAAACGCUUAUCUGUUGGGCAUACGAAUGACGGAGGGUUUGGAGCCCAACGGCCUUACAGUAUGCGUACCCAACCCUUUGUACCACUGUUUUGGGUCAGUGUUGGGCACAUUGUUGAUUGCCCUCCGCAGGGCCACAAUGGUAUUGCCGUACCCCAUAUUUAACCCACAUAAGACACUCGAGGCCAUUGAUAAAUACAAGUGUCAUAUGGUAUUUGGCACAAUCACAAUGUUUAUUGAUAUACUGGACUGCGAUCUUACCAAGUACAAUACAAGUUCUUUAGCUAGAGGCAUAAUGGGAGGCUCCUUCUGUCCGCCAACAUUGAUCAAGGAGAUUAUAACUCGUAUACCCACGUGCACCAACAUCUUGAUCCCUUACGGGUCCACCGAAUGCAGUCCAGUGGUCGCCCACACAUCGGUGCGCGACUCGGCUGAGCGUCAACUCAAGUCUGUGGGCCGACCCCUACAGCACUUGGAGAUUAAGAUCAUGGACCAGACAACCGGCGCCGUACUGCCCAUCGGCGAGUCCGGUGAAGUGUGCAUUCGUGGUCACUGUACGUUUGAUAUGAUCAUUAGAGGCGGUGAAAACAUAUACCCCAAAGAGAUCGAGGACUUCCUGAUGACCCAUCCGUCCGUUGCCGACGCACAGAUAAGUCACUUCAAGAUACCAAAACGUGUAGUGGUUGUGACGGACUUUCCCCUCACUGUUACCGGAAAAGUGCAAAAGUUUAAGCUGAGAGAAAUGGCCGCAAAACAAUUUGAAUGUUCAAAUAUUUAA